AUGUCUUGGGGAGUUUCUUUCUUCUUGCUGGUUGCUCUUCUUCUCCAAGUGUUUGGUGUAGCAGCCUUGACAAAUACUGAGGAUUUUGUUGCUCUAAAGUCACUAAAAGAUGUAUGGGAAAAUGUACCUCCCAAUUGGGAUGGUGCUGAUCCUUGUGGAAAUAAUGGAUGGGAUGGAAUCAACUGUGAUGCUAAUAAUCGUGUUGUUACGAUCACAUUAGUCAGCUUCAAUAUAAGCGGUCAGCUGUCGUCGGACAUCAAAGAAUUAUCCGAGCUGCAGAUUCUUGAUCUAUCAUAUAACAGAGGCCUGACCGGAGCCCUUCCUUCCGCAAUCGGGAAUUUGAAGAAGUUGACGAGCUUGAUACUUGUUGGUUGUGGAUUUUCUGGUCCAAUACCACCUUCAAUAGGGGCUAUGCAAGAGUUGGUUUACUUGUCUCUGAAUUUAAACAACUUUGUGGGUGAGAUACCGGCUAGCAUUGGAAAUUUACGGAACCUUUAUUGGCUGGACUUAGCAGAUAAUAGGCUAAGUGGAAGUAUCCCAGUCUCAACAGGAACCACUCCUGGGCUCGACAUGCUGUUCAAAACGAACCACUUCCAUUUUGGAAACAAUCGGCUGUCGGGUGAAAUACCAUCUCAGCUGUUCAACUCAAACAUGACUCUCAUACAUCUGCUUCUCGAAGGCAAUCAGCUAACAGGUCGCAUUCCCUCGUCUUUAGCACUUGUGCAGUCUCUCGAGGUUCUACGGCUCGACAGAAACUUUUUAAGUGGACCAGUUCCGAAUAACCUCAACAGCCUCACCACUGUCCAGGAGCUGUCCUUGGCAAACAAUAGGUUGACAGGACCUUUUCCCAAUCUAACAGGCAUGAAUCUGCUCCAUUCUGUGGACUUGAGCAAUAAUUCGUUUGAUGCGACAGAAGUUCCUUCAUGGCUCUUAUCUUCGACAUCCUUGACUACAUUGAUAAUGGACAAUGCAGGCAUUCAAGGACAACUUCCAGUUUCUUUGUUCAGCCUUCCUCAACUGCAGACUGUUGAAUUGAAGAACAACCGAAUUAACGGGACAUUGAAUAUUGGCCCGAAUCGUAGCACCCAACUACAACGUAUUGAUCUGCAGAACAACUUCGUCGAUGGGUAUACUGAACGAGCAGGUUACAAUGCCAGUGUUCAAAUUGUACUGGUCGGAAACCCAAUCUGCGAUGAAGGAGCCACGCAAAGCUACUGCACAAUUCCUCCGCAAACCAACAACACCACAACAUACCAAACCCCACCUGAAAAUUGCACGCCCACUUCCUGCAAUUCCGAUCGGAUCCAAAGCCCCACUUGCCGGUGCGCGUACCCAUACUCCGGCGCCCUCUACUUCCGAGCCCCGUCCUUCUCCAGCUACGGCAACGCCACCGUAUUCGAAUCCCUGCGCCAGAGGCUUAUGUCGACGUUCCAGACCCAUCACCAGCCGGUGGACUCGGUCUCCCUCAGCAACCCCACAAGAAAUAUGGAAAACUACCUUCAGCUGACCCUGCAGAUUUUUCCGGCGGGGCAGGACCAUUUCAAUCGGACGGGGGUUUCAAGAAUUGGAUUUAUGAUGAGCAACCAGACCUUCAAGCCGCCGCCUGGCUUCGGGCCCUUCUAUUUCAAUGCUGAUACUUAUCCCUACUUUGCAGGCCCGAAUGAAGGGUCAAAUAGACCUUCAAACAUGCGCGUGAUCAUUGGAGCAGCCGUUGGUGCAUCUAUUCUUCUUUUAUUGUUACUUAUUGCUGGAGUUUAUGCUAUUCGUCAAAAGAGGAGAGCCGAGACUGCUGCUAAAAAGAGUGAUCCGUUUGCAUCCUGGGACUCAAACUCAAACAGUGGUGCAGUACCGCAGUUAAGAGGAGCAAGAAGUUUUUCAUUUGAAGAAAUUAAGAAAUGCACUGAUAACUUCUCUGAUAAUAAUGAAGUUGGAUCGGGUGGUUAUGGCAAGGUAUACAGAGGAACCCUUCCCAAUGGACAACUGGUAGCCAUUAAAAGAACAAAGCCAGGAUCUACCCAGGGCGGCGUAGAGUUCAAAAAUGAGAUUGAGCUUCUCUCGAGGGUUCAUCACAAAAACGUUGUCAGUCUAGUUGGUUUCUGCUUCGAUCACGGGAAAACUGGUAUCAGAUUGGAUUGGACUAGAAGACUUCGAAUAGCAAUUGGAGCAGCCAGAGGGAUUCAGUAUUUGCAUGAGUUAGCAAACCCCCCCAUCAUACAUAGGGAUAUCAAAUCAAACAACAUCUUGCUGGAUGAUCGCCUGAAUGCGAAAGUUGCAGAUUUUGGACUCUCGAAGCCUAUGGGUGAACCGGAAAAGGGUCAUAUUACUACUCAAGUCAAAGGCACAAUGGGUUAUUUGGAUCCUGAAUAUUACAUGACACAAGAACUCACAGAAAAGAGCGACGUGUACAGCUUUGGGGUAUUGCUAUUCGAGCUUUUAACUUCAAGAUCUCCAAUAGUGAACGGGAAAUACAUUGUUCGGGAAGUGAAGGAAAUGAUGGACAAAAACAAGCAUUUGUAUAACCUCGAACCUCUUCUCGACCCAAUAGUUGCUUCCAAUAUGGCACCGGGUAGUGUCGAGAAAUUUGUGGAUCUUGCACUGAGGUGUGUUCAAGAGUUGGGAGUCAGCCGACCCACAAUGAAUGAAGUGGUUAAAGAGAUUGAAAAUAUCAUGGAGUUGUCUGGCUUGAAUCCACAUAAUGAAUCUGCCUCGACUUCGAGUAGUUAUGAAGGGAAAAUGAAGGAGCAUGGCCAUCCUUAUACUUAUGAAAGCCUGUCUUCUCAUAAUGAGCCUUAUUCUCCUUCAAUCUAG